CAGAGGGACGGUGGUUCCAUCCAGUGGCUCCUGGUAGCGGGGCGGUGCACGGGAAGGCUGUCGGAGCCAGACGCACAGCAGGCCGCCUGGGGAGUUCACCACGCCUCGGUGACACAAAAUCCACGUCCAUGGCGGUCCUUUGGUGGACAGUGUUGGUUCUUCUGCAAAUUUCGGAAAGAACAUCAGGAGCUGCCGGUUCGGAGGAGCACAACCAUACUGCAGUCCUCCAGUCUCUCCUGGGGGUUUCAGAAGGUAUCUUGAGGCCGAACUUCAAUGGAAAACCUGUCAAUGUCAACUGCAACGUCUUCGUCAGUGGAUUCGACUCCGUGGAGGAAAAGAAAAUGGACUAUACCGUACUGAUCUACUUCCGACAAAGAUGGAACGAUCCCCGGUUGAGCUACUCGGACUUGAACAAAACCAUCAACUUGGACUCCAACAUCAAGGUCAAGAUGUGGGUUCCUGACCUCUUCUUCGUGAACGAGAAGGACGGGCGGUUCCACACCAUCACUACCGACAACAGAUACAUACGGAUUUACCCGAACGGCAACGUAUUGUACAGUACAAGGUUGACCUUGACCCUAUCCUGCUACAUGCACCUCGGCAACUUCCCAACCGACAAGCAGCUCUGCAGAAUCCACAUAGAGAGCUACAGUUACACCACAGACGACAUGACGUUAGAGUGGCAGAACGACAAGGCUCUGGAGAUCUCGGAGGAGGUGAAACUGCCUGACUACGAGCUGCGCGUCAACGGGCUUAUGGGAUGCACGGCGGGAUACACCACAGAGGGCGGAUCGGGCUACUUCCUGAUCCAGAUCUACCUUCCCAGCAUCCUCAUCGUCAUCAUCUCCUGGAUCUCGUUCUGGAUCCACAGCACGUCUGCGCCUGCGCGGGUCGCCCUGGCCAUCACCACGGUCCUGACGCUCACCACGCACAGCAACUCGGCGCGUGCGCACAUGCCACGGGUUUCCUACAUCACCAACAUGGACAUCUGGAUGGCGGCCUGCCAAGCGUUCGUGUUCGCCGCCCUGCUGGAGUAUGCCGUGGUCAACCACGCCACCAGGCGGGAGAUGCGCGCAGCGCGCAAGGCCGCGAAGGCCGCUCAAAACCAGCCCGCCACUCCGAGCAGAAUCACGGACACCAACAACCCCCCGAACAACAGCGCGCCUCACUACGAGAUGCAGCUCCAGAAUAGCAGCCCUGCUUUACACAAAGAUAAACUAGAGCCCAUCUCUCCUCCCUGUCUGUCCACUGUUAUCAACAUGCAACAGUCGCCGUGCCGUGAUGCCAUACAGCCCCUGCCUCCGCGACCAGCGUUCAACCCGGCCGAGGAGAGCAACAACAAAAUCGACGACUUCUGUAAAGUCUUCUUCCCCGUCGCCUUCCUUAUAUUCAACCUCGUCUACUGGCUUUAUCUCAACCGAUGAUAGACCGGACUUGCUGUAACGUGAAGACUGAGACCGUCAGCAACCGUGCUUAAAAUUAAAGGAUGCCUGUCAAUUGUCUUUAAGAAACCUUGACAACGUCUUGAUUCUUCUUCAUUUUCUUUGACCACAGAUGACACCUGUACAGAGAUAUUCUUAGAAUAUAAACAGGACUAGAUAUUAUCAAACGUCCAAGACGUAUACUCUAUACUCCAUGUGCCAGAAUAUUGGACAGAGACUGUUCGCACUAUACUACUUCUCCGACGGUGGCAGAACUCGUAAAAACUAUCCAAUUAAUCUCCAAGCAGAUGUUGCGGGGCAUGUUUCACGUUUUUAUUCCUUUAUAUACCCCCCAACACCGUAUAGAGAGGGCGAUGCACUGAUAUCGAGAUCAACAACAUGUGAUAAAGAUUCAAACAAUGUCUUAAAUGGUAUGCCCAUGCGGCUAACCAAUAGGUACUAUAGUUUAUACCUCUCAUGUGCCUCAAGUGUAUGUAAAAUUUGUGAGAAUUAUAUACAGAGUAUAACCGCAGUAGCCAUAAUGACGUUGUAUAUACAUAUAAAAGAAACCUUCUUAUGUAUUUUGUCAUUAUUAUUCUAUAUAUUACAAAGGUAUUC